GUUUUGCGCCUAUACAGGUACACUAUUUAGUAUGGACAUCUGAUACACUGUUAUCAGCUCACUCCUUUUCUUUGUUUUCUUUGCUUUUCUUUUUUUUUUUCAGAGAUUGGCCCCUCCGGCAAUAUCAUACUCACCCUCCGUUUCAUUUCAUUAUUCAUCCGCUACUACACCUGGGGAUCAUGGCUCUGAAGUCAUAUAUCUCCUGCAGUAAAUGAGCACUGUUGUUUCCAUUGUCACUCCUUUUGAUCCUUCGAGGUUUCCUUUCGACGCUGAUGGUGGCGGCGCCAUCACGAAGUAAUUUCCUUACUCAUUGCUGCUAGAUAGAGGGCAUAUAGAAUGAGAUAUCUCUUAUACUGCUAAAGAGAAGAAGAACCAAUCUGCCUCCCUUUUAUCCACUGCUGGACCUGCGUAAAGGGCACGUUAGGCCGUAAGGAGCCAUGUCCAGGAGACGAGAAUAUCAGAUCAGGGGCUUGCAUUGCAUUUACUCUGGCCCGCUCUUAUUCGAACUUGGUUCUGCUCUUAGUCUGAAUAUCUUCUUGCUGGGCGCCCGAAGCUGUAAAGCCUGUGUCUGAGUAGGCUGCGUUAGAAUUAAAUAUAAUGGAGAUGUCAUUUUGAAGUAGCUUGUCUGAUGCUACUUGCAGUCAGUCAAUCAAGAACCGCAUGAGAAGCUGUGGCCAUUUGUGAAAUGAGCGUCCAUGUCAGAUUUGCUUGCUCCUGUUUACAUCUCAACUUCUCAGCCCCUCAAGACUUGCUGUCAUUGUUAAAAGGUGUUCAUUUCACAACAAAGCUCUGAGACAUCACUCACUACUUAUCAAUCCUUUGAACUGCACCUUAGCUGCCUUCUGGUGUCUUCUUUGACACAAAACACCAGGCGGGAGGUGGGAGGCGAUGGGUUCACCUCUGCCUGAGAAUAACAAUGAAAGUACCCAAACUUCUCACACUGAAAGGGUCAAUGCAGGAGACGAAGCAGCAGAUGAAGUACCUGGCAGUAGUAGGGAUGCGAACGCUCGUCGUCGACUUCCGUUCGGGCUGCUUGGUAGACUUUUUGGCCGUCGGGAGAGACAUCAGGGAAACGGCGUCCCAUCUGCUGAGCGACGCGCUGCAGAACAACUCAACCUCCAGCUGACAAAGGUUGCGAGCUUGACAGGGGUUGCUUCUUUCCAGCGCCCUAUCGCAGAUAGCGAUGCCAACAUACCUAGACGUUUUCAAGCACCCCAAGCUUCGAGAGACUACACUCGUUGCAUUCGGCAUUUGUCUUUAUGUACCGACUCUGAAAGCGAGUACCAGGACGCCCCGCCAGAAGUAGUUGACACUGCCAACGAUGAGCCAGAUAUUCACCCCCUGCGCAUGCAUCCUGUGGACAACAAUGGGCAACAGAGCAGACCAGCCAGUGUUAACGACGUCGUAACCGUCGCUGAAGUGGUAGAAGAGUCUCCUGGAGAACCAGAAACUGCCUCUGUAGCCGAAGCCUCGUCGGAGCCGACCACGGACGACAACAACAACACUGGCGUUGCUGAAGGCAGCGCAAGUAAUAACGGAGAUACCCCACCACCCCCUGACCAAGAAGAUGUAGCUGCUGAUGUCUCGUCGUACUCUCACUCUGAUACGUGCUCUGUUUCUGUCUAUGCAGAGGACUGGUUCCCAUUCCGCGAGCUGGCGCAGAUAUCCUGGCGCUUGGCUGACCAAACACCUGAAGAUGAAUCGCUGCCACCAACUCCAAAGUCCCCCUAUCGCAUGGGACGAGCACGCCGUUAUGGAUGGGUUGAGGGCCAGCCAUUCUGAAUGGGAGAAGGAAACUCCAUUGUCUUCGAUUUGUAAACCCCGAGACAGCUAGGGAGUGUUUCGAGCUAUCUGAGGCCAUUGCCGGGGUUGCCUGAAUAUGUAUUUUCCCUCCUUUCUUUGUGACAUUAUUGUUUCUGUUCUUCCUUUUCUUCCAUCCUUCCUUUCUUUCUUUUUGCCCCUCUCUUCAUGUUUGCCCCUUGGCUCGAAGGAUUUCGCAAUGGAGGAUCUCAAUUCGAGAAUUUCUCUCUUCACCAGUACCUCGAAUUGUUAACUGGUUCCCCAUAGCUUGGUCCAAGUUCGGUUCCUGAGCUUGUUCUCUGUAUUCACUUACCUUUAUUCCUUGUUCGUGGACAACGUAAUGGCGCUUUCGGAUGCAAAUUUGUUAGGUAGCCGGACGCACGUUUCUUCUUUAAGGUCUGUUGGCGGAUAAAUUUGUGUCGUCUCUGUUUCUUUCUGCGGAUUUCAGCUAUCGGGUUAAAUAUGAAUGUAUCUACCUAGGUAGUCAAGUGCUUUGUAGUUGAGGGGGGAUGGUUCUAAGUUGGACUGUAUGUACCGCGGCAGCUAUUAGGUACCCUUAGCACACGUAUCAGUUCAGAACGAAAU